AUGGACCACCAUGGACUAUAUGCGGACAUCUCGAACAGUUUCCCCGGCGCGGCUGGUCUACCGAGCACGAGCGUGAAGUACCAGCUUCACAAUCCACCGCAGAUUCCACCCCAGCCGCCUCCUGUGCCAGGACCGGGGCCGACCCUGGGUUCCCGUCCGUUCCAGUACCACCAUUCGCAGCAGCAACCAUCAUCCCUGAACUCCCUGCUCCAAUCCCAAUCCGGAGUGGUGACCGGGGCUUAUGGCCAGGUGCAGGAGACUAGCGGUGUUGCCCACCACCAGAUCCACCAGCGGCAUGCUGCUCAGCAACCGGCAACUCAGCGGCAACAUCCCGAACCGAACCAUCGCACGGUAAACGGUGGCGGCAACGUGGGAGCUGACCUCUACCCGAACGGAACGGUCGGUUUAUUCGAGGCCACCAGCAACACGAACAGCAGCGGCGUUAAUUUACAGACCGGUGGCGGCGUCGGUGGCAACCAAAACAGCAGCUACAGCUCAAGCGUGACGAACAGUUCGCGCAAAUACGAGACAAACACAGGGGACAGCAUCACAUACAACAUCAAUAACAUCAACACGAACAUUGUGAACAACAUUAGCGCCGGCCACCAGACUGGCCCACCGGCGGUGGCGGCGAUCGCCAACGGUGCUGGUGGUGGUGGUGGUGUUGGGGGUACUGUCGAUUUCCUCUGCGGCGGUUUAACGACCGGCGGAUCGCAGUACGGUACCGGCGGGGCCGGCACAGCCGCUUCCGGGGCGAUCGCGGUGAACGGCGGCAGUGCUACGGGCACGGGUGCAAGCAAUCCGACGAUCAUCAACAUUAGCAAUAACAAUCACAACAUAAUGGCCCCACCGUACCCCGCGUACCACGGACCGCCGUAUCAGAAGCCGGCGUCGGUCGGUGGAAAGUAUUCGGCGGUGGCGGUCGGAGGUGGUGGCGGCGGCAGCGCGGGUGCCACUGGAUGGACGGAGUACGCCAACCAUCACCACGAAGCGUCCGUGAUCGGGAACUUCGAAGCCAAGAAUCCCAACAAGUAUCACCCCACGAUGGCCGCAGGAACGGGAGGUGUCGGAAGUCGUAUGACCGGCGGUGGCGGCGGUUACCGGUAUGCAUCCGAGUACGUGAGUCAGCAGACGGGUCAGCCGUCGUCAGGGCAGCAGCAGCAGCAGCAGCAGCAGCACGGUGCGCAUUACGCACCGCAAGGCGCAGGAUAUGGAUUGUACCAUCCGGAGGGGGUGCAAGCGACGCCGGUCCAACAGUCGGCCCCGGGUGCCGUAGGUUACGACGCGUAUCCUCACAUUGUGCGUAACAAGUACACGUCCGGCCCGUCGGUCAUGGGACCACACAUCGCGGGAGGAUCACGAGCCACCAGCUCCGAUCUCAUGUACAACGAACGAUCUCAGCGCUACGUCAGUAGCUAUGGCAGCGGAAACGCGUACCUUUCAUCGCCUGCUGGCGCCCACAGCCAGGCGGUCGGUGUUCCAGGACCUACCACCGGUCCGUUCUACCCGUCAAUGGUGCCGGGAGCGAAGGGCAUGAUGAGCGCGGGACCGGAGUACUACGGCAAUUCGUACGUGAAGCAGCUACCAGCGCACCACGGCCAUCAUCACCCAUCGAACCACACACCGUACAUACCACCGAAUCGUAUGGCGUAUGCGAGCGCAGGCCAAACCCCGAAUGCCAACUACCACCCUCACCCACAUCACCCGCAUCACGUUUCCCACCCACACAAGGGCACGGUGAUCGGUGGUGCGGGUUACGGCUACAGCUCAAACGGUGCCAGUUCCUCCUCCUACGACGAUCCGUACCAUCAGCGGCAACCGAUGGCCCGUGUGCCUCUGCCCGGCCAUCCGUAUACCAACGAUCCGCAUCAUCAUCCGGUCCACGCAGCAACACAGUACGCUAAUCCGCCGCUGCCAGCGCAAUCAACCGCAGCCAGCUAUCAUCACCCAACGUCGAUCGGCCUCGGCGGCUACCCGAACCCGAAGCUGACCUUCAGUAAGAACGUGAACGAUUUCUACUCACCCAACGUGGCUUCGGGGGCUUCGCAGCAGCAGCAGCAGCAGCAGCACUACGGUGCACCAGUUUCUGCGAUGCAACCGACCAGUGGCGGACAUCCCGGGGCUCACUAUGGGGUUAAGUAUACCUCGCAGACGAUCGUACCGCCACAUAAGGUGCCCCCGAGUAGCGGCGCGGUGGUCAGUAAACAGACGAGCUGUUACUACGACACACCGAACCCGGUGAUCGACAUGAACCAUCCGCUCAUUGAUCUGGAGGAACAGAUCAACAGUGUAAAGAUCCUUAAAAACCCUCCCAAUGCGCUGGCCGGUGGCGGGUAUGAAACGAUCCAUCCGAUCAACUACGACUGUCAGCAGAUGUACCUACAGAAUCGCUAUUUGCACGCAAAACCGGCCACCUCGACCGCCGGUGGUAACAGUGGCGGGUACAGCAGCGGUGGUCUAUCGACCACCGGUGGUAGCCUGCAUCACCCGCAGCGUCAUCUGUAUCCCCGUCAUCAUCAGCCCCAUCAUCCGGAAGCGGUGGGGGCUUUCGGAGCGUACACAACGAUCGAGGACCUCGAACUGUUGCCGAGAAGCUUUGCGCUCGAUGACAGUCUGAAGGAUAAGAACCUUCGCGACUAUCUGACCAGCUGGAACGAGACGGAAGAGGAGGACCCGAAUGCGGCGAAGGGAGUGCCGAAGGAAGCUAACAAUAACUUAAGCACUCAUCGGAACUUUGAGACAUACAACUAUCCACAACAGCAACAGCAGCACCAACCGUUAGUAGCUACCUCUACUGCACCGCAACCAAGCAUCAGCCCUGCAACCGUCAAGCCACCGACCGUGGCCAUAGCUUCGCCGCAGCCCGCAAACCCGGAGGAAGCACUGGCGAAACCUGCACCAGCGUGUGCCGUUACCGGCCACACGGGCGUAAUCGUGGCCAACGUGCAGAACACGGGCAAUCUGCCGGACAUUCUGGUCGAUAUCGAGAAGCCGGCGAAACCCGACGAACCCGAGGGUAAGGACGACGAAAAGCUGUACAUUCUCGAGACGUACGAUGUGCCACACUCGGAGCUGAACAAGUACAAACACCUGAACGUCAUCAACGAGCUGCCGAAGAAUGUGGUGCCCAUCAACGAUAGUGCCGAUUCGCUCAAGUUCCUCGAGGAGAUCGAAUCGAACCGGGAAAAGUACUACCAAACGGAGCUCGAGUCGGAGGUGGUGUACGAGGAUCGCAAGAUGGAGGAGAAAGUAAAACCGGAAGAGCUGGAAGAGGUGGAAGAUGAAACGGCCAGCGAAGAGGAAUCGGACCGGGCGAAGGUUGAUCCAAAGUCCGUCGAGGUCGAAAGCACGGUUCAGGAGGAAGAUUUGCUGCCAGAGCAACAGGAAGCGGUUGCUCGGGAGCAAUCACAGCAAUCACAGCAACCAGAGCACGAAUCUGACAGUCAACACGAGGAAGUGGUGAACGAAGAAAACUCCUGCGAAGAACACACAUCUCAGGAAGCUUCGGAAGAGAUGGUGGUGGCCAAGCCAAGUGACACGAGUCCUCAAGAGACUCAGCACCACCCGGAGGCCCAACCGGGGGAAGAAAACGUGAGCUUCGAACCGGUGGUAAAUGAAGAACCGUUCAAAAUGCCACGCUGUUACCCAAAGUAUCGCAAACGGCGCUUCUACGACUACGAUAUGCCCCGUUUCCCGAAGAAAGCCCGUCGGUCAAGCAUCGAAGAGUUUAUCAAUUGUGAUAUGCCGAAAUUCAAAGUACAAACGUUCAGGCGAAACCCGAAAAGCCUGUCCAGUCUCCUGUUGGACACGCUCAACUCGAAGCCAUUCAGGCGCUGGGCCAAACACGAGCUGGAGCAACGACAGGAGCAACGUUCACAACAGCAAGAGAUCGGGCCGGUUGCUAUGGUAGAAUCGCAGGAGUCUCUGGAGCAGCGUGCUGAGGACCAAGUUCCGGAAGAAGUAGUAUUCACGGAACAGGAGGAACCACCGUCGACUGUCGAUGGGGUGAUUGUGCCGUCCCUGAAAGAUCUCUGCUAUCAGCGAAUUGAUGCGCUGGAUUUGUACUUGCAGCCAGAACCUCUGAAGGAACUGUGCGAAAAGGUGAUUUGCGUUAACAAGCACCUGUACAUCAUCGAGGAGCUCAAGAGUGAGCCACCGCGGCUGCAGGAUCUCUGCAAGAGUGUGCUGAGUGAGACCAACAUCUUUAUCGAUGUGACCGAUAAUGGUGCGGUGUGCAUUAUCGACAGCACUGACGAUGGCGGCGCGGUAAAAGAAUCGUCUCCGGCCGGCGGUCGAGUGUUUAUCGUUGAAGAAGACCGUGGAACGAUUGCUGAUCUGCUGCGCGAAAGCGUACAGCUGCAGGAGGAAGACCUCGUGGUGAUGCGGCAACAUUCGGAGGACGACUGCGAGGAUCACGAGAUCUUUAUGGCCAACCUAAACACGGAGGAACCGGCACCGUGCGUCGUCGGCGAACGACCGGUGCUCUCGGACAGCGAAAACGAUAUAUUUCUGCGUGUCGAGCAGGAGAUCGAGAAAAUGAUGCACACCAGUUCCUCCUCGGAGGACGAAUGUGAGGUGGUGAUGAUGGAAUCGGAGCUUUUUGCCUUUGAUGAGGAUGCUGAGUGUAUACAGUACGAGGAGAUCGUACCGGUGGACGAGGAACAGUACGCCAAGGAGGGUGUUAUCAGACAGCUCCGAACGAAAUACUUGUCCCAUCAGCCCGAUAGGCGGACGUUUAGUCAUCGAAUGCUACGAAAAUAUCUCAUCUACCAGCGUUUCAUUCAACUGAGAACGGAGGUGCUAGCAAGGGCCAGUGUCCCUUUGCGUGAGCUGAUCGAUCGACGAAGACGUACACUUCCGGUGCCAGUGGCGGAGCCCAUCGAUCGGCAAAAUGAAGACAGCAACUGCUCCAGUAGUUCCAGCAGCUCUAGUAGCAGCUCCGCGAGCAGUUCCUCCACUAGUUCCUCGUCGAGUUCGUCGUCCUCCAGCUCAUCGUCUGACAGCAAAAGAAGCAGGGUGACGGAAGAGGAAACGAUCGAUAUCGGUUCCAGCACCGAAAGUGCUUCAGAAGAUCUGUCGAGAAGCAACACGUUGGAGACGAACAACAAUGAAAUUGUGGUGGCAUUGAAGGUGGAGAGCGCAGCACCUUAUGAAUCUCGAGCCGAAUCUAGCAGCGAUCAGGUUGAUCGGCUUCCGAAGUCGCCGGAAAAGAGUAACAUUGAGGACAUCCGGAGCCCUGCUCCCGUAGACAGCGGAAGCAGUAGUAGUUUCGACGCUUGCAAGCCCAAAAGCAGCCCCUCCAGUAGCCCUGGAAGCAGCAGCAGCCAGGGCGACGCCAGCCCGUCCGUCACUUGUUCGGUGACAGCAACCCACGUGGCAACGGAUCGUCCUCGCACGGUGAUCGUUUCGCCGCCGAUUUCGCGUAAAAAGAAAAAGCUAUCGUUCGAGGAAAGUUUGCUACACAUUGAAGAACAAAUGUACCGCAAACCCUCGAGCCCCACACUGCUGCCGGGGGUGGCGGCGGGCAGCCGAUUGGCGGGCCCAUCCGUGGUGGUACCAGCGGCACGUCCAAACGUGAUCGUCAACGUGAACAACAAGCGAGAAGUGGCCCGCAAGUUGAUCAUACCCUCGUACAAGAUUUUCGACCAAACCGCCGACGAUCAAUCGGAGGUCUUGGUCGUGAAUGGGCAGCGCAAACCCGCGAUCGAGGUUACAACCACCACCACUGCUCAUGGGACCGAUCCGCGAGGUAAAUCGAUGACACCACCGCCCCGCCGUAGAACAUCCCUCAGUGCCUCGCCGUCAUACAGUCGCUCUAUUUCCGAGCACGGUCGACGGGUCCGUGAGCUGGGCCGGCGGAAAGCUUCCCUGGUGCGGCGCCGUAGCUGCUGCUGCUCGCCCCUGCGCCGCUCACCUGCGCGGGUAAACGCAUCACCGUCGGCGACAGCGGCGUCCCCGCCGUCACCAGCGCUGAUGCAGCUCAUCGAAAGCACCGCACGGUCGCCCGUACCGUACGUGCGGCUCAAGCGAGACGAUUACGUGGAAAAACUGGCGGAAAAUUAUCGCCGCCAGCACUACCCAAGGUCUUCGUAG